CUUUUUUCUGAUACAAAGAAGACUAGUCCUUAGAAAAAAAUACAGAAGAUGCGACGAAUGUUAGUACUUUUUGAACCAUUCACGGGAGAGAGUGGGGCAUUUUUGUAGAUAGAAUACAGGUAAUUUGACGUCCAAAUGAGGGAAACUCAUCUCUUUAAUCCAUAUAUACUUAUUGUCUUGUCUUUCCUCUCUAUCUUUGACAUUUCCCUCUUCUCUUCUCUUCUCUCUUUCUCUGUCUUUGUUCAUCGCUCUGUGUGCUCAUGGAAACUAGCACCACUGAUGCUGCAGUGCCAGUUGAGGCAAAAGCCAAUUACACCCAUCACUCCCAUUCUAAACCUUAUAACCACAAUCAUGGCCAUGGGUCUCUCUCCUCCACUCCCAUUCUCAUCAUCAUCAUUUCCUCUGUCUUGGUUAUUGUACUUGUUGCUAUACUCUUCAUUGUAGCCAUGCUUCGAAGACUCAAAUCUGCUCAAAACAGAAAAAACUCCAGGAACAACAAAGACUCAAUUAGCAAGUUCAUUGCUCAUACCACCAUUAACAUCGAUGCAAGCCCAGAUGUGAAGGGUGGGUGUCUAUAUGGAGCCAAUUUGGGCCUCACAAAUCCUCCAGUUAAUAGACACAGAAAAGGAGUGCAAGUUUUCACAUACAAAGAGCUUGAAGUGGCCACGGACAUAUUUAGUGAUGCAAAUGUGAUAGGAAAUGGUGGGUUUGGUGUUGUUUACAGAGGAGUACUUACUGAUGGUACUGUUGCAGCAAUUAAGAUGCUUCACAGGGAAGGCAAGCAAGGAGAGCGUGCUUUCAGGAUAGAGGUAGAUCUACUGAGCAGGUUACACUCUCCAUACUUGGCAGAGUUACUUGGAUACUGUGCAGACCAACACCAUAGGCUUCUAAUAUUUGAAUACAUGCCCAAUGGUACUCUUCAACAACACCUCCAUCAUAACCAAUAUAGGCCGUUGGAAUGGGCUACUCGGUUAAGGAUAGCUCUUGAUUGUGCCAAGGCUCUUGAGUUCCUACAUGAGUAUUCUAUCCCACCUGUUAUUCACCGUGAUUUCAAGUGCUCCAAUAUCUUACUAGAUCAAAACUUCCGAGCCAAGGUGUCGGAUUUUGGAUUGGCCAAGAUGUGCCCGGACAAGAUCAACGGUCAGAUUUCGACACGAGUGCUGGGGACCACUGGAUAUCUGGCCCCAGAGUAUGCUUCAACAGGUAAGCUUACUACAAAAUCAGAUGUAUACAGCUAUGGAGUUGUUCUGCUGCAGUUGUUGACAGGUCGUGUACCAGUCGAUACCAAGAGGCCUCCUGGUGAACAUGUUCUUGUUUCUUGGGCUCUUCCGAGGUUAACUAGCAGAGAAAAAGUAUUGGAAAUGGUUGAUCCAGCUCUAAAAGGCCAGUAUUCCAUGAAGGAUCUAAUUCAGGUAGCAGCAAUUACAGCAAUGUGUGUGCAGCCAGAAGCAGAUUAUCGGCCUCUAAUGACCGAUGUUGCACAGUCGCUGAUCCCUCUGGUCAAGAACCUCUUUUCUGUUCCUUCAUCAGGUUCCUCCAGAUAUCAUAAUCAAAUAGCUAGUCCUAGGUAUUAAGGACAGCUUUUGAAAGUUGUAAACUCUUGAUUAGUUAUAUCAUACGCACUUGGAUACUGAAAAAUGGAAAUUCAGAGGAUAGUUGACAACUUAUAAUGCAUAUCAUUGAUUAUAUGUCAUGUA